AUGAGGCGUCCACCGCCGUCACUUCGAUGUCAACUGCUGUGGAAAUGCCAACAACGACUUUUUGCAUCAAUAACCGGUCCUGGCCCUUCCACCCCUUCAACAACGUCAAUUGCGUCAAAUCUUCGCGCUCGCGGCGAUCCGACACUCGUUUUAGACGUCGGCGCCUACACGCCGGAUCGAAUUCGCAAUUUUGGCAUCGUUGCCCACGUCGAUCACGGGAAGAGCACACUCGCCGAUAGAUUGCUCGAGCUUUCGGGCCUCGUGAAGCCGGGUGAACGCGAAUCACAGAUGCUCGACCGGCUACAAGUGGAAAGAGAUCGGGGGAUCACUGUCAAGGCGCAAACCGUGGCCUUACCGUAUAAAGGCUAUCUACUCAAUUUGAUCGACACGCCCGGACACGCCGACUUUUCUGCAGAGGUCUCUCGCUCUCUAAUGGUCUGUGACGGGAUUCUUCUGUUAAUAGCUGCGAAUCAAGGUGUUCAAGCUCAAACCAUAGCCAAUUUUUGGCUUGCCUUUGAUCGAAGUGUGCAAAUCAUCCCGGUGAUCAACAAAAUCGAUCUGAAAGGAGUCAACGUGGAAAAGGUGGAAAAUCAACUCAAAUCGCUUUUCGACUUCAAUCCUGACGAAAUACAAAGGAUCUCUGCAAAAACCGGUCUCAACGUGGCGCCGAUUCUCGACGAAAUCAUUGCCAAAUGUCCGCCACCAGAAGCCGAUCCAAAAAAGCCGCUAAAAGCGAUCAUCUUCGACUCACUUUUCGAGCACUACCGCGGCGCUGUUGCUUUCGUUUUGGUGCGUGAGGGGUCGAUCCGGCGAGGGCAACGAAUACGAACAUACCACGGGGAAAAGGAGUACGAUGUUGUUGAGGUGGGUAUCAUGCGACCGGACAUGACCCCCGUUUCAGCGCUAAACGCCGGUCAAGUCGGCUACGUGAUUUGCAAUAUGAAGACGACGAAAGAGGCGACAGUCGGCGAGAUUCUGCACGCGGUGACAACGGACAAAAGCUUGAUUCAACCCUUCGUCGGCUUCAAACCCCAUAAGCCGACCGUUUACGCCGGGUUGUUCCCUGUGGACACAAGUGAUUAUGAAGAUUUGAAACAAGCUGUCGAACGUCUCUCCUUAAACGAUCCAUCCGUCGAGAUCAUCCCCGACAGCAGUCCAGCGCUUGGACUUGGCUGGCGUGUCGGCUUUCUCGGCGUCUUGCAUAUGGAGGUUUUCUCGACUCGUUUGGAGCAAGAGUACGAUGCGCAAGUUAUCCUCACGCAACCAUCCGUCGAAUAUCGGGCUCAUAUCAAGGACAACGAAACGAUUCGCAAGAAACGCUACAAUGGCAAAGGGGAGAUUCGCAUCUUCAACGCUUCCUCGUUUCCAAGUGAUGAGUCGGAUAUCGAGAAAUUCCUUGAACCCAUGGUUAAGGUUCGCUUGGUUGUGCCAGCGGAGAUGAUGGGCUUGGUGAACGGGUUGUGCUCGGAGGCGAGGGGAGAACGCGGAGAGAUCACGAGUAUCGACGAGGAGAGGAUGUUGAUCAUAUGGAGAUUACCGCUAGCCGAGGUGGUCGUCGAUUUCUUCGAGCGCUUGAAAAAGAUGACUUCCGGUUAUGCGUCGUUCGACUAUGAGCCAGAUGGGUGGAAAGAAUCGCGACUAAUUCGACUGAAUAUCAUGAUAAAUGGGAAAGAGGUACCGGAGUUCUCGCAAAUAGUCCCAGGGGUCAUGGCGAUGGCGAGAGCGAAAUUGUUAGUGAGUCGACUGAAACGCGAGAUACCACGGCAACAGUUUGAGGUCCAAAUCAAGGCCACCGCCGGGACAUCGACGAAAGCUCUCUCGCAAACGAUCAUCCCGCCGUGGAAGAAAGAUUUCUUGCAGCUAUUGAAAGGCAACAUAGGCAAGGGUGGAAUGGAACGGCUAAACAAGAAGUUGUCACAUCAGAAGAAAGGAAAAGCGAAGAUGAAAAUGCUGGGAAAUGUGCAAAUACCGAAAGAAGCGUUUUAUAAUGUUUUGAAAAAU